CCCUUCAAAAAUAUCAAGAAUACAUAUGCCCCCAGGGGGCUAAUUCAAGGAUUUAUGGUAUCUAUAUUCCUAUUAUGAGUAACAAAUUUAAACAGAAAUGAUUCCUUGAAACAAUGGAUGUCAAAAAACCAACAAAAGAGCAGAUGGAUUGAAGAUUUGUCUUUACCAGCACGCAAUUAAGUACAGUACUGUAAGCCUACAUUUCCUUUGGUGUUUCAGUUUCUGGUAGAUUAGAGGCCUAAUGAGAGAAUGGUUACAAAAUAGUUUUCCAAUCUUUCAAUUCCCCUUAUGAUAACUCUUCAAGAUAUAUGUUAUUUGUUUGUUUCAUUAUUGCUUUUUUCUCCAAGGUCCCAAUGUGCAUUUAUUGUUUUAAUUGAUUGCAAAGGCAGUGGUGAUAUUCUGCCUCUGCCAGACUCUGUAUGAGUGCCUCUAUGAUAUGUGACUUUUAUAUAGAGAUGUCAGUUUCUGUUUCUUCCUCUACUCCUUCUUGCUUCCUUCUCAUUAGCCUGGGUUGCCAGUGCAGAUCCUCCUCCUCCACUCAGUUCUGUCAAGUGCCUCAUCUCUGGAACUCUUUUCUCCUGAAGGAAAACUCUAAAAUAGUUUUUUGUGACAUCAUCACUUGACAACUCCAUUGACCAGAGAAUGUGGGAAUACAAUACCUGAAGGAAAACAGAGCCACCUUUUAGACUCUGAAUUCAGCAAUGUCAGCACCAGUUGGAUACAAUUCUGGAGGCAUGCCCCCACAGCAAGGUGGAUAUCCUCCACAGCAGGGUGGAUAUCCCGAAAAGCAAAGUGGCUACCCUCCAGAGCAGGGAGGUAUGCCACCACAACAGGGUGGAUACCCUCCGCAGCAGGGAGGUAUGCCCCCACAGCAGGGUGGAUAUCCUCCACAGCAGGGAGGUAUGCCCCCACAGCAGGGUGGGUACCCUCCACAGCAAGGAGCCUACCCUCAAGGGGGUUACCCUCCAGGUCAAGGUUCUCCCCCAGCCAAUACUGAACCCAGUGCACCGCCUUCCUUUGAGACAGUUGCUGGUUAUGAAAAUGCACAGGGAUUUGAUUUUGUGCCAGCAGGCCCACCCCCUGCCUACACGCCCGCGAAUCAACCGCAAGAAUGCCCCGCGGAGAAUUUUAACGCGGCUGGACACAUAACCGACGCACAAGCGACGGACGCUUUGCUUCAGUUUGUUAGUGAACACUGCUGCUAUGGGAAAGGUGCAGCAAAUAAUAUGAACAUCAAGGACAUGAAAGCUUCAAAUGCACUCCAUUACAAACUUGAAUCAUUUACGGAGACAAGAACAUUUAACUGGCACCAAGAACCAUACAUCGGCCAGGUAAUUGAUGGGCCAAUGAACGGACGCGCUCCAGGUGCAUGGGAAAUUCAAGUUCAACAGCCCCGAUUUUUCGAUCCAACAACUCUUUACCAAGAAAUCCCACAUACUGCCAGUGUUCAGUUGUGCAACCAUUGUGUUGGAACAGGGCAAAACAAAUGCAAGCAUUGUCAUGGCCGGGGAAAGGAACGUUGUACAAGCUGUGGAGGAAGUGGCCACGUUAAUCGUGCAGAGGGACGCGAAAAUUGUGUAUUUUGUCAUGGACACGGAACAAGAAACUGCAUGCAUUGCCAUGGUCGUGGACUGGUCACGUGCACAACAUGUAACGGAAAGGGCAAAUUGAAGCAUUAUCUUCGCCUUAAGGUUCAAUGGGAGAUUAAAGCCAGUGAUCACGUGGUUGAGAAAACAGACAUGCCUGAUGAGCUAGUGACUCAAGUUUCUGGCGUUGAACUUUUUGCUCAGGAGUUUCCAAGGGUCUUUCCACUGACAUCCUUUUAUGAGCAGGAAAUAAACACUGCCUCGCAGCAACUGGUCAAUCAGCAUGCAGGCUUUGCGCAAUCUUCAGUCCUUCACCGUCAGAGACACAAUUUGCGCUCAGUGCCAGUGAGCGAAGUUCAUGUUUUAUGGGAAGACAAGCCAUAUCGCUUCUGGGUUUAUGGAAUGGAGCACAAGGUCCACUGCCCUGAUUAUCCUCAGCAGUGUUGUUGUGGUUGCACAAUCCUGUAGGUCAAUAAGCUCCAGGUGGAAGAAGACAUUUAUUGUUAUAAUCUUAUAGUGUUUUGUGAUUGUAACUUGUUUUUCAAAGUUAGGUUGUCAUAUUGUCUACUUCUUCCAAGUUUCGCGUUGAAGCAGUUUUUUAAAUGUAGGCAUUCUUUUUAGGGUGAUUUUUAAAUUCUUGGGUAUUUCUAUCUCUAUACAAGCUAAUGAAUUAUAGAGAAAGCCUAAUCACUUGAAGCAUUUAGUAGCUGGCUUUCUGCUUCUGAAACAGUUAAAAGACCCUGAGAAGCUAACAAUCUAACAACCAAUGAAAAAUGUUACCGCCUUACAAGAACCUUCUUUUGCGGCCCAGUUACACAUUUUGCAGACUGUAUUCCCGAAAGGCAAUUACAUUUGUGCUAUGCCUUCAAUUUAGUAGUAGAACGCAGUUCCGAGAAAUGCAUUUAAAUCUUCUCCAUUUUAAAAGGAUUUAGCCUUGUAUUUUUAUUGUAAUUUCUGGCCUACUCGUAAAGCAGUUUCCAAAGUUAAGUAUACUUUUUACAGCCUGAGCCAACCCUAAUCUGCCCAAUGUCCUUCUCCUCGAAUCAUUGAUAGAUUUUGGCUACGCCUGUAUAUCUUAUUGUGAGAGCAAUAAUUGCCUUUUGGGAUGUUCCAUAAGUUUGAGCAUUGAAAAAAACCUGCCAACAUUUUCGAAUGCUGGUUCGAUUAAGCUUUGCUUGCUUUCAAUGGACAGCUCUAAGCAAGUGUGUAAGUGGCAUUUCGCUUUAACUAACUUUUGAAAUACGUCACACACUUUGUGAUUAUAUGACUCAACAGCAAGCGUCAGUAAUGUUGCUACCCGACUGUUACAACAAAUGUUACCUUUUGCUGGUACUUCUCGUUUGGCAUCUCAACACAGCGCGCAUUUAUAUACCUGUUUUGGCCACAACCUUGUGAGGCAAACUUGAUGCUAUUAGACCAGAUGCUCAAGCUGCAUCUGAACUAGGAUCGACUGUACUUCAAUGUUUUUCGAAGUCUUUUAUGCAGAUGAUAUGUAAACUAGAGGUAUGCAUUUUGCUAAAGCAUAAGAUGAUUAUAAUUGAUUUUUGAGAUCUUAGAUUUUAUGAAUGUAUGCAUUGCGCCCAUUUUAUGCUAGCAAUAAUUCGGGUAUAGAUAAUUUAUUUCAUUCCGUAUAUAUUUUUAUAUACUAAAUUAAUAUUGAGAUUAUUUUAAUCAACUAUAUGUAUACUCGUAUUAUCAUAUACAGAGAGAACAACCAA